UCACCCUCACCCCACUCUCCAUCACACACGCCCAGCCCGCCGCUCCACGCACUCGCACCACCCACGCACGCAUACACCUGCACCAUCAUCAUGUCUGAGCUCGAGAACUCCGCCGGCGCUGCUGCAGCCCAGAGCGGCAGCAUCGAGCAGCCCGAGGUCGCCGCGCCGUCCGUCGACAAGGGAAAGGGCAAGGCCAAGGCCGUCGAGCCGAUGGAGGAGGAUGACGACGACGACGAGGACAGCUCGGACGAGGAGCUUGCCGAGGACGACGACGAGGAGGACGAGAACCCGCUCGAGGGCCUCGACCUCGACCAGAUCAUGCCCAAUGCGCGCGCCGGGCGCAAGACGCGCACGCAGGUCGACUACGCCUCGCAGGAGGCGCUCGCCAACGCCGGCCUCGCGCAGGGCGAGGAGCCCAUCGCCUCGGACGAUGAGGAGGAUGAGUUCAAGGCCGACGAGAGUAUGGACGAGUAAGGUCGCCGCCGCGCACCAGUCUGUCUGCUUGGCACGUCCACUGCACCUGCUUCUUGUCCCGCUCCACACCCUGUUCCGUCUGCGUCACCUCUCAACACCACCACAUGCACCUGUAAUCGCCGCCGCUCCUGCGCCGCCGUCUGCUGGCCGAGCACCUCCGCCCAACGCACCGGACCCACAGCCGGUCAGCCCCGCCAUUGACAUAACUUCUCGCGCGAGCAUGCG